UGUUACCGCAAACGCCAAGUUCGUGCGGCUCAUGGAGGAUACUUUUGCAGAUUUUGUCAAGUCCAGCUGACGCACACAGGUGCUGCAGCACAUGCCUCCAGAACGACGCAAGUUCGUGCAGAGUCUCGCCUCCGUUUAUCGUGUGGACACUGCCGAGGUCGAUCAGGAGCCGCACCGCAGCGUACAACUCAUGCGGCGUAUCGACACGCGCAUCCCCGUACCACUCCUUUCACAGUCGGCAACGACGGCUGCGCCCUCAAGUAAACUAGUUGACUUGCGCUCGUCCAAGGCUACUGCUUCGGCUGCCAGGACAGCAAAUAUACCUCCCUCUCGUGUGUCAUCUGCCUGGAAGAUGCCAUCAUCAUCGUCACGGAUCACUCCUUCGUCAGGGCCCCUACCUCCUCAUUCGAGCGGUCUGUCCCCACCGUCGUAUGUGGCACAUCAGCCACAAGCGCAACGAGAGCAACCGGCCACGAUUGCAAGAGAAGAUGUACCCGAAGAUUGGGAAGAUGAUAUCUAAACAACACCACUAGCCUUGCAACACUCACAAUUGGUAUCCGUGAAUUGCAUUGAUAAUAUACAGGUAGUCACGCAUAGAGUUCAAGCUGUCUUGGUUAAACUGGGUGCCUGUU